ACGUGCGACAUGGAAAUGAGGCAGCGCGCGCACGUGCACUCGCGGCGCUGAGUGCGCGCUCAGCGUUCACCCACUUCAUUCAUUGCCGUCCGCGCGCUCGCUGCGGUGUACGCUCGCGCUCCUGGCAGAAGAGGGCUUUAACUGGGGGACCAUGAGGGGCUGCUGCCGCCCGAGAAACACGCGGGACAACACAGCCCUCCUCAUCAGACUAGCAGAGAUGAAGCCCACCGUCUCCGUGGGUUAUCGGGAGGGAAACGGCAACGACCCGGGAGCCGGGAUGCUGGACAACGAGGAGUUCUUGUUUGAGGGUCACCCGCGGGAGCUCACCCAGAACCCGCUGCAGAAGAUCUGGAUGCCCCACAAGAACGGCCACAUUGCGCACAGACGGGUUUGUAUGACCAACUGUCCGACCCUGAUUGUCACCGUGGGACUUCCUGCACGAGGGAAGACUUACAUUUCUAAAAAGCUGACUCGUUACUUGAACUGGAUUGGAGUAGCGACCAAAGAGUUUAAUGUGGGAGACUAUCGGAGGGAGUGUUUGAAGAUCUACAAGUCUUUUGAGUUUUUCCGUCCAGAUAACGAAGAGGGCUUGAAAAUUAGACGGCAUUGUGCUACGUCGGCGCUUAAUGACGUCUGCCAGUACCUCAGCGUGGAAGGAGGCCAUGUUGCGGUGUUUGAUGCAACAAACACAACAAGGGAAAGAAGAAACACCAUUAUCAACUUUGCUGAGCAGAAUGGGUUCAAAGUUUUUUUCGUGGAGUCUGUUUGUGAAGAUCCAGAUGUCAUUGCAGAAAACAUUGUGCAAGUCAAGCUGGGAAACCCAGACUACAAAAACUGCAACCCAGAAGAGGCUUUGGAGGACUUUAUGAAAAGGAUAAAGUGCUAUGAGUCCUCAUACCAGCCUCUGGAUGAGGAUCUGGACAGGAAUGUGUCGUACAUAAAGAUCAUAGACGUGGGCCGUCAGUACCUGGUGAACCGCGUUGCUGACCACAUCCAAAGCAGAAUCGUCUACUAUCUAAUGAACAUCCACAUCACUCCACGCUCAAUCUACCUGUGCCGCCACGGCGAGAGUGACCUCAACAUCAAAGGGCGUAUUGGCGGAGACUCUGGCUUGUCUCCCAGAGGAAAAGAUUUUGCCAAGCGUUUGAGGAAUUUUAUCGACGAACAGAAAAUCAAAGACCUGAAGGUUUGGACCAGCCAGAUGAAAAGAACCAUCCAGACUGCAGAGUGCCUCGGAGUCCCAUACGAACAGUGGAAAGCUUUGAAUGAAAUCGACGCCGGUGUGUGUGAAGAAAUGAUGUACGAGGAGAUCCAGGAGCAUUAUCCACAGGAGUUUGCAAUGAGAGAUCAGGACAAAUACCGCUACCGCUAUCCAAAAGGAGAGUCAUAUGAAGACUUGGUGCAGCGCCUGGAGCCUGUGAUCAUGGAGCUGGAGAGGCAGGAGAACGUGCUGGUCAUUUGUCACCAAGCUGUCAUGCGCUGUCUGCUGGCAUACUUCCUCGACAAAACUGCAGAUGAGUUGCCUUAUCUCAAGUGUCCCUUGCACACCGUGCUGAAGCUGACCCCCAUCGCUUACGGUUGUCAGGUGGAGUCCAUGUAUUUAGGUGUGGAGUCCGUGAACACACACAGGGAGAGACCUCAGAACGUGACGACGCAGCGCAGCACAGAAGACGCUCUGCAGACGGUCCCAGCUCACCUCUAGGUCUCCUCACAAACUGCCACACUCCGUGUAGGCCUCCGGGCGCGGCGGCGGCGGCGGGCGGCACCGCAGAGACUCGCUCAUCUCCAGCAGGGGUAUCCUGUCAAGACGUUUCACUGUCGUUUGUGGCCACCUACACUGCAGCGCGGAACGCCAGUAUUUCAAACGCGUGGAUCAACUGUUACAUUGUGGUGUGAAGUCUUUUCUACUGUAACACUUGAAAUCUACUUGAUAUUUAGCCUAGCGUGAGUCGUCUCCCCUCACACUGUGUUUAAGAAGAUGUUUCUUUUUUUGAUGAGUGUGAAAAUCUCCAGAAAACAAAUCAAAAUAUCGUUUCCAAACAUUUGUUUGUUUUUUGGUGAUAAAUAUUGAAGGAAAAACUAAAAAACAUGCACAAGGAGAGAUUCCACAUGGUGCAUGUAGAAGCAAUUACUCAUCAACAUUCCAGCAAUAAAAAAGAAAUGUCAGAAAUGAAAGAAAAAUGAAAAUAACAAUCAUGUCUUUUUUUUUUUAAAUCAAAUAAA